UCUCUGUGCAAAAACAAGAUUUGCGUGAUGCCCACGGGCAAAUGUUAGUCAUCUGGAGCAAGGGUGCACUGCUAGAACACAGCCCUGUUUUUAUUCAGUUUGGGUCAAUAAUAACAAAGGUAAUUAUUUUAAUUUCCAUCACUUAGGACUUGCAAGGUUGUCUCUGUAAAGAAACACAGGAAGCAUUCAAACAGGUAAACAGACAGACCAAUAAAAAACCAGAAUGUGCCAAUGGAAAAAAAGAUAAUAUUUUUAAAAACAAUAAGAUUCUUCUUAGACCUUAGCUGGCCUACAAGUGUAUAAGUUGUUCUAUUCCCCAGACAAGGAUGAUGUUAAAACUCUCAUAGUUAUAACUUACAUUGUAAGUAUAAACGACAAUUUUCGAACAUAUUCAUAUCAUUAUCAUUUUGUACAUGUAUAUGACGCUUGGUGUUCAAUGUUCCACCACACAGUGCUCUAUGACCGAUGUAGCUUUAAUUCAAUUUUGACCCUGCUCGCCAUAGAGCCUCCAGUUGCUCAGUGGUUAGAGUAUCCGAACUAGAACUCAGAGGGUCGUGAGUUUCAUUCUCACAUGGAGCUGGGAUUUUUUUUCUGAACUUUCUGGCAUUAGAAUUCUCCUUGUUCCAACUUAUAUGUCUGAUAAUAUGUGCAUUAAUUUUGCGGGAAUAGUUAAUUUUAAUUUGCUGAUCUCCCUUUUUUUUCUCCAGUGAUCCUGUUUAUGUACACCAAGUUGAAGUGUCCAAUUUAGUUUAUUCCAUGUUGUCAUCCCUGAAGGGUCUCUGGGAUAUGAAAAUGUCUGCUGAGUUUGUAAGUUUUCAGCUGAACAGCUAUUUCAAGCAUACUUUAAUCCUCUCACUCUAAAACUAUGUUAUAAGGAGACAGUAUGUCACUAUAACUUUUAAAUCUGCCGACGACAUCCUAUAGUGUUAACAUUCAAAUCAAAACCGUUUGGCAGAACUUUUGCGUAUUGCUAUUACCUUAGUAUUUAGGAUUUGUGGGGUAAUUUCUUUUUUGGCCACUUGUAUUUGUACUUGUAAAUUUUGCAUUUUCGUCCAAUCCUGGACAUAAAUAGCCUCCAACGCAGGCGUUUCGCCUGUGUGGGAGGCCAGGACAUAAAUGACUGGUUGAAGAGAAAGGAUGGAUACCCUGCCAUACCUGCCGUCCUUUUGAAACUUACCCUCUCACUUUUCUAAAAUUAACAGGUUAGAAUAACGUUGUAUACUUUGAGGGAUGUUUUUAAAUAUAAUUUGAACACUUUUACCACUGUUGUAUCAAGGAUGUCACUUCAGACGAAAAUAUGACUAGGAGUGGUUGUGUUUGGCUUGUAAUCAUUACGUGUCCACUGUGUGAUAUAAUCAGGGUGCUAAUAGCAUAGUGUUAAUCUCUGCUAGUUGUUUGUUAAACUUUAUCAGGAUAGUGGUACCAUGGCAUUCUAUUGAAUGUUUUUGUUUCAUAUUUUAUCUCUUGUAGUGUUUAAUGCACCUGGAAGAUAAACUGAAAGAAAUCAACCUGAAAAGCAAGGUAGGGGAAUAUCGUUCCGGCAUGUAUUAAUGCUUUUGAUACACAGAUUGCAAGCAGUGAGCAAAAUAACCGCUGACUAUGUAAAACUUUCGAUGACAAGAAAUGGUGCUAAAUGGUACUGCACAGUAGCUUUCAUUUCAAUAGUCAAGCGACUCAAUAGCUAGAACCAACGUUUGCAGUAUUUUGACAGCACCUCAGGAAAGUAACGCUAAUUAUUUAGUGUUUGGCUUACACUUGGGAUCAUAGCUAAAUUAUUAAUGUUGACAUAUACUUGCUUGUUAGGUUAUAACAGAAAGAUUGAGAGAUCGAAGAAGGGCCUUGACUCGCGAUGAAGUCACUAAAAUGCUCGGGUGAGUAUUGUACGUAUGAUGUUUACUCUGCUCUAGAAAUUCCUCUCCAUUUUCUUUUUAACUCUUUUUGAAUGACGGUGUUUGCAUUGAUAUCCCAGUACAGUAUUAAAAAAAUUAUUGGAUGAGGUUUUUGUGAUACAUUAUUCGGAAUAAUCAAGGUCGGGUUAAGUGUUAUCAGCCAAACUUGAAGCCGUGUCUGCAUACACUUACCUCGACCUUAAUUAUUCCGGAUAUCGCAAAAAACCUAAUGUAAUAAUUUUUUUAUACAUUGUUUUGAAGAAACUAACGACAAAUACACCAUUGCACAGAACACAGUUUGACAUUGCUCUUACAUUGCGCGCGCAACGUACACAAUAGAGUCAGUUAUCUGCUUGCAAAUAACUAAUAAGUAGAUUGUGCUGAUUUCCAAAGUUAACUGUAGGCUCUUAUCCAAUGAGAAGACAGAAAGUGACUACAAUGUAUGAUAAUGUUAGUAAUCAGGGUUUUUUUUGUCCUUUUGUAGUGUGGAUAACAGUGACAUACCAUUGUUGUUGGCAGCAGCCAGCACUCACUCUACACACAGUAUACCAACGGUAAAGUGAACCUAUCUCGGGCAACACACAGUGUCUCAACGCCGCGAACGACAGUACACUUCAUACCAGGCUAUAAACUUGAAUCAUGUCAAAGAUCCCGUCAAGACUGUCCAAAAGUAGAGUUCUGCUGGAAUAGAAUUGCGCUGCCAUGACAUGUUGUACAGCACUUUUCAUCAUAAAGUUGUAUUCAGCGUUUUUCAUUAUGGCCGGAUAUCAACGAAACGCCUGAUAUGGGAACAUUUGCAGAACAAACACUGAAACGUUAAUUGUGAGAAUAACCUCAUGACUUACACUGAUUCAAACUGAACUGUAAAAUAGCCUUUUGGCCAAAUAACAAAGACAGAAACAAAUAUUUAAAUACAUGGUGAUGGAUAGUAUAGAAAGAAACUCUGAGCUUCUGAAGAAAUAUUGUUUCGUAAACCAAACUAAUACAUGGAUUUCAACAGGCGUCAAGAUAGUCAACAAACUUAAAAUUAAGCAGUAUAUUAUCAGUCGUUUUAUACUGUUUGGUUUGUUCUUUGUUUUCUUUUUUGCCAAAGGGAUUAGCUUGCUGUUUAAGUUUCAUUUUGACGCUCCUGUAAAAUGCCUCUCGCCCCCUGUUUUCAUGAGUGGUUAAAUUCAGAGCCGAACGGAUUUAGAAAUGCGCGAAAUGUUUAAAUUACGUAAGUUGUCUACAUUUUAAUAGAUUUCAUUGAGAAGGAGAGAAAGCCUCUCCAGCUUCAACGGUCCUCCUGGUAGACCUAAAUCAGGAUUCUUCCUUCCUUUCUAGUUUUUUUUCUUUCCUCCUAGUAGACCUAAAACAGGAUUCUUCAUUCUUUUCUAGUUUUUUUUUUUAGUACGAGUAACAAGGUCAUCCAAUACACAUACGUGCAUAGUAAUGAAAUACAAGCUUUCAUCUUUUGCAGCGUGAUUACACAGUAAUUUAGGAAAGUACUCAGCUCAGUUUCUGAUCAUACAGUAAUCCCACUUAAGAUUGGGUCUGCAGACGCAGAUAACCUUACAUAUUGAUAGUAUAGAUCCCAAUAGGAUGAGCUCUGUAUAGGAAUUUACCCGUUAAUUGUUGCUCGAAACAACUCUUGUACCGUAUAAUUACUGCAGGUCAGUAAUAAUAGGCAAUAUUUUAAUUGUUAAUUAACGAUUGUCACCUUGAGUGACUGAGGUAUUACGUAGCUUAAGCAACCACCGCGACGACGGCUGCCGGCAAAGCGUUACUUAAACUGUGUGAAUUCGCGCUGUUUCAAACUUUAUUGCCCUUAUUCCUUGUUGUUGCAAUUUUUUAAUGUUUGCGAAUUUUUCGGGGUUCGAAUUCUAAGGGACUGUAUUGAAGUCAGCAAAAAGAAAAAGAUGUUCUUUAUUUUCUGUUCACGUCCUCCAGAAAACGUGAAACGGGGAAGUUUCAUGUGGCAGCCGCGCAAUGACGACAAAGAGAUUUAGAAACAAGCCUGCUGCUGUUGUUGUUUUGCUAAUCUAAUUUUUUUGGACGCUCUCGUUACCGUUGCCGUCGUGAUUGCUGUAGCUUCCUGUUAUUAGUCGUGUCGCGUAUAAAACCCAGUCGAAGAGGUCAAGCGACUAAAGCAAAGAAAAGCCUGUAAAACGCAAUCGGCUUUGAAUAGCAGCUUUCCAGUAGUUUCCUUGGAAGAUGAAGAACGGCAAAGGAAUUAAAUUUCUGUACAAUCAGAGCACUGAUAUUUAAUAUAUAUUCUAUAUUUUCAAGCAGAAGAUAUUGUAAGUUGGCUGUUAACAUGUGUUUUGCUAUAAAUGAAUAAAGGGUAUAAAGAGGUU